AUGGAGGACGAAGUUGCCGCUCUAGUCAUCGACAAUGGUUCCGGCAUGUGCAAGGCUGGGUUUGCUGGUGAUGAUGCUCCUCGAGCCGUUUUCCCCUCUAUUGUCGGCCGUCCUCGUCAUCAGGGUGUCAUGGUUGGGAUGGGUCAGAAGGAUUCAUAUGUUGGUGACGAGGCGCAGUCUAAGCGCGGUAUCUUGACUCUCAAGUAUCCUAUUGAGCAUGGUAUUGUCACCAACUGGGACGACAUGGAGAAGAUUUGGCAUCACACAUUCUACAACGAACUUCGUGUCGCCCCUGAGGAGCAUCCUGUCCUUCUUACCGAGGCGCCUCUGAAUCCGAAAGCCAAUCGUGAAAAAAUGACCCAGAUCAUGUUUGAGACUUUCAAUGCCCCGGCUUUCUAUGUCGCUAUCCAAGCUGUUCUAUCUCUCUAUGCUUCUGGUCGUACCACCGGUAUCGUACUCGACUCGGGUGAUGGUGUUACCCAUACCGUUCCCAUCUACGAGGGUUUCGCUCUUCCUCAUGCUAUCCUUCGUCUUGAUCUCGCUGGUCGUGAUUUGACCGAUUUCUUGAUCAAAAACCUCAUGGAGCGUGGGUACCCUUUUACCACCACCGCUGAGCGUGAAAUUGUUCGUGACAUCAAGGAGAAACUGUGCUAUGUAGCCCUCGAUUUUGAACAGGAACUUCAAACUGCUGCUCAGUCCUCUGCCCUCGAAAAGAGCUACGAGCUUCCUGAUGGUCAGGUCAUCACCAUAGGCAACGAACGAUUCCGUGCUCCUGAGGCCCUCUUCCAGCCUGCCUUCCUUGGUUUAGAAGCUGCCGGAAUCCAUGAAACAACCUACAACUCUAUCUUCAAGUGUGAUCUCGACAUUCGUCGUGAUUUAUACGGCAACGUCGUUCUCUCUGGUGGUACCACUAUGUUCCCGGGUAUUGCCGACCGGAUGCAGAAGGAGCUUACGUCGUUGUCUCCUGCCUCUAUGAAGGUCAAGAUUGUUGCUCCUCCAGAGCGGAAAUACUCUGUUUGGAUUGGUGGUUCUAUUCUUGCUUCCCUCAGUACUUUCCAGAACCUAUGGUGCUCAAAGCAAGAGUACGAUGAGUCUGGUCCCGGUAUUGUUCACCGCAAGUGCUUCUAA